CUUGCAUAUAGAUCCAAUUAUCUCCUUUCACCUAGAAAGAAAGAGAGUCGACUAAUUCUAAGUCUUUAAGUCAACGUCUCUUGUCUUCAUAUAGUUCAUCAAAAACAAAACGUUUUGUUAAACAAAAGAUUCUUCAAUGGUUUCAUGUAUAUAGAUUGCUCCAUACAAUCACGUUGAGAGCUAAAGAGCUAAUCUCUUGACCCAAAGAAAAAUGCCGGUUAGUGAGAUUAUGGCAGGGGCAGCUCUUGGACUUGCUCUCCAAGUCCUUCACGAUGCCAUCAAAAAAGCAAAAGAUAGAUCUCUAACUACAAGAUGCAUCUUGGACCGUCUUGAUGCUACAAUCUUUAGGAUCACUCCGUUGGUGACUCAAGUCGAUAAGCUUAGCGAAGAAGUGGAAGAUUCACCGAGGAAAGUCAUCGAAGAUCUUAAGCAUCUCCUUGAAAAGGCUGUUUCUCUUGUUGAGGCUUAUGCGGAACUCAGACGCAGAAACUUACUCAAGAAGUUCAGGUAUAAGAGAAGGAUCAAAGAGUUAGAAGCUUCAUUAAGAUGGAUGGUAGAUGUGGAUGUCCAAGUCAAUCAAUGGGUAGAUAUCAAAGAACUUAUGGCCAAGAUGUCCGAAAUGAACACUAAACUUGAUGAAAUCACUCGUCAACCAACUGAUUGUAUUUGUUUCAAGAGCAAUCAUAGCACAUCACAAAGUAGUAGUCAAAAUAUUGUCGAAGAAACAGACCGAUCUUUAGAAGAAAUUGUUGAAUGUUCGAGUGAUGGGUCUAAACCGAAGAUCGAUAUCCACAUUCAUUGGAGUUCAAGAAAACGGAACAAAGACCGUGAGAUCCGAUUUGUCUUGAAGUGAUGAUUCUUGAUGUACCAAUUGUGUCAAAUCACUCAAAUGUGAUAGUAGGACUAAUUUAAAAUGUAGACUCAACUUUGAAAUAAUUAGGAGAAUUCCUUAUUUUCCUCAGGUGUAAUGCUAUCAUUUGUAUAUAAAAUGAACUUAUUGUAGCAGGAUCGGCCACGAAAACCCUCGAUAUUAGAUGUCGACAUUCUGGUGAAAGAUGUAAGUACUCUGGGAUUUAGUAUAUGGUACUAAGGAUUCUCUGCGAUUUAGGAUAAUGAAUGAGAUAGAAAGAACUUAGAAAAGAAGCUUUACUUGUAUUGUCUUUCGAUAAUCUAUUGGCCUUGUGGAUC